AUGGCCACAGCAGUGAAGCGGCUGGGCUUCCAAGCCCGGCAAUGCGUCUGCCGCAUACCGGCUCGACAGAGGCCCCAGACAUUGCCAGCAUGGCAGCGGCCGUUCUCGAGUACACCAGCCCGCUGCGAGCAGCUCGACGACUUCGCAAAGACUCUCAACUCCGAAGACCGCGCCUUCUACCAAUCCCUACCGCCCGAGGAGCGUGCACUGAUGCGGACAGUCGGUCAGUCCCUUGGAGAGCAUAUGGCGAGGCAGGAUGUUCAGCAAGCCUUCUCGGACGAGAUCGAUGACAUAGCGGACGAGGUUGAGCGGCAGUUCCCUCCCAACCUCGAGGAGAGGGAAGAGAGGAAGUCGCAGGGCUUCUGGGCAUUGGGCGAGCCUGAGAUGGGCGAGGAUGAAGAGUUUCAGGGGGAUGACAUAUCGAGCAUCGCGCAUGGGGAGUUGGAGCAGCAUCGGGAGUUUAGGGAGUACGCGCGGUUGGCGGCUUGGGAGUUGCCGCUGCUGAGCAAGCUGUCUGUCCCCUUCGAACCGCCCUCAGAGAAUCAACCCCUCCGCUUCCGUUACACAUCUUACAUGGGCGAACAACAUCCCGCAGCCCGCAAGGUUGUUGUCGAAUUCUCCCCAUUCGACAUGCCAGAGCUAAGCUACCAACAACGCGGCAAACUGAUCAAGCUCUGCGGCGCACGCUACAACCCCUCGAGCAGAGUCGUCAAGAUGUCCUGCGAGUCCUUCGAGACACAGGCGCAAAACAAGCGCUACCUUGGCGACCUGGUCAACAAGCUCCUCACCGAAGCCCGAGAUCCCACAGACACUUUUGAGGACGUGCCGUUUGAUUUUAGACACCACAAGCGGAAGCCGAACUUUGCUUUCCCCCAGGCCUGGCUUAUGACGCCGGAGAGGCAGAAGCAGUUGGAGGAGAAGAGACAGCAGCGGUUGCUGCUUGAUCAGCAAAGGACACAGCAGGGAACCCUGAUUACAGGGGCGGAACGGAUUCAGCAGGCGAUUGAGAAUGAGGCUUUGGCUGCAGCGGCCGAGCCGGUGGUGGUCGAAGCGCAGCAGCAAAGAGGAAAGGGGAGAGAACAGCAGCGCCAGUCCAGGGGCCGGAGAUAA